AUGUUGUGCUCAGCAAGCAAUCUGGGCUCAAGCACGGUGUCAUUUGUUUGUCGACUUCCCAUCAACUUCACCAUGGGGCCUGUGAAGUUUGACGACAUCGACAAGACUUCCAAGGAGGUGCUGAGUGACGACUACCAGACCAGUGGCUACCAGAUCAAGGCAAAGCAGAAGACCAGCUGGCAGGGCUCCGUGGUGACCACCGCUGUGGACCUGGUGCCCGGGAGCAAGGAGUGUGUGACACCAGCCAAGUUGACCAUGAAACUGCCAACCCCUUUUGGCUGCCCAUUCUUCGUGCUGGAGAAGUUGGAAAUGGACAAGAAGGGAGGUCUUAAGUUGGAGGCUUCGACUGAAAAGGUGGCAAAGGGGCUGAAGAUCGAGGUGAAACCAGAGUUGAACGACCCUGCGAAGACGAAGACAGGUCUCACCUACUCGGCCCUGAAGGACGUGCGCUUGGCCGCCGACUUCACCGGCGUGGCCGUGCAGGACACGGUGGCGGAGAUCACGGUGCAGCCCUGUCAGUACGUGGUGCUGGGUGCCAAGAUGAAGGCUCCCUGGUGCCCUGAAGUGGGCAUUCGUGCCGUCCACGGGCCAUACUUUGCCUCCCUCUUGGCGAAGGAGAAGUUUUCCACCUUUACGGCCUCGUGCCACUACAAGGCACUGGACAACGUCCGUGUGGCGGGCUCUUACGUCUACGGCGGCAAGAAGAACGGCACCUUCGCCCUUGGCUUGACAUAUUCGUGCAACAAGAACACCCUGAUGAAGGUGAAGUUGGAGAAGGAUAUGGUGGUGAGCUGCGGUUUGAAGCAGACACUCUCCAAGGGCUUCACUUUGCUGGGUGGGAUGAAAUAUGAUGCCAACAAAGGUGAGCGCUCCUAUGGUUUGCAGCUGAGCAUCGAGUGAAUCUGAGCUCAGUUUGUCCCGUGACGCACGGCCGUAUCCACACCAUUUGUUGUGGAAAGAGUUCCGCUUCUCGUGAAGAGAGCAACUUUUGAGAAACAGCUCAAAAACAAGGAUCAAAGGAUAUCUAACGGUCAAGAGUCAGGGCAGUUUUGUGUGUU